GCGCGCCCCGCCACAAUCAGCCGCAGCCCCCGAGGCAGGACAAUAAUGCAAAGUGCCAUGUUCCUGGCUGUCCAGCACGACUGUGGAUCCAUGGACAAGAGCUCAGGCAGUGGCCCCAAAAGCGAAGAGAAGCGGGAAAAAAUGAAGCGAACCCUAUUAAAAGAUUGGAAGACCCGUUUGAGCUACUUCUUGCAACAUUCUUCCUCUCCUGGGAAGCCCAAAACUGGCAAGAAAAGCAAACAGCAAACCUUCAUCAAGCCUUCUCCUGAGGAAGCACAGCUGUGGUCAGAAGCAUUUGAUGAGCUGCUAGCCAGUAAAUAUGGUCUUGCUGCGUUCAGGGCUUUUUUAAAAUCUGAAUUCUGUGAAGAAAAUAUUGAAUUCUGGCUGGCCUGUGAAGACUUCAAAAAAACUAAGUCACCCCAAAAGUUGUCCUCAAAAGCAAAAAAAAUAUAUACUGACUUCAUAGAAAAAGAAGCUCCAAAAGAGAUAAACAUAGACUUUCAAACCAAAACUCUAAUUGCCCAAAAUAUACAAGAGGCUACAAGUGGCUGCUUUACAACUGCCCAGAAAAGGGUAUACAGCUUGAUGGAGAACAACUCUUACCCCCGUUUCUUGGAGUCAGAAUUCUACCAGGACUUGUGUAAAAAGCCACAGAUCACCUCGGAGCCCCAUGCUACAUGAGAUGGAAACAGAAGCCCAAAAGUGAAGGACAUUUCAUUUUUUUCCUAAAGGGGAAGGCUGCAGCCUGCCCCAAAGACUGACUUGAGAUCAGCCUGGGUGUUCGGGAGACAUUACUCAGAACUGUUGAUUGGAAGUUGGAGUCAGUUAGGAAGCUGGUAGUCGUCCAGGAGAAGCUAGUGCCAAGAGGGCUUCCUUAACUGUAGAGAACACAGGGAGAGAGGGGUCCGAAUGUGGUGUGUCUCCCACUGGAAAAGCAGGAUUGUGAGACUGAAAGAUAUAAUGUAAUACUAUUGGUCCAAAAGCAUUUUCAUUAUCAGUAGGCCUGGGAUUAUGUGGCCUUAGCUAGCUGGCUGUGCAUCUUUCCCCAAAUCAGUCUGAUAUUACCACAUAGUGGUUUUAGUUUUAGUUUAUCUUAGUACUAAGUAACAUUAAAACGUUUACUACAUGCAAGCGUAUUGAAGUUCUCAUGACUACAGAUCAUCAGUACUGUUGUCUCAUAUAACGCUAAAACAGAAAUGGUCUGUGUUUUAACUGUUAAGUGGUGUGUCAUAGAAUGAGUACUGUUGUGUAGAAAGUUCAGCAUCCAUGAUGAGUGCCAAAAUCUGUCCUGAAGGCAGCUAAACUUUGAAGUGGUCUUUGAAUACUUUUAAUAAAUUUAUUUUGAUAAAUAAUGUUAUUGGAAA